GCCGAGCCUUUGUCCGAGGUCCCAGCUCCCUGAUGAAGAAGACAGAACCAUCUGAAGACCAGGCGCUGGAUGCUGCAAUGGAGGAAUCCUCCACCAGCCUGGCCCCUACCAUGCUCUUCCUAACCACCUUUGAAGCUGCACCUGCCACAGAAGAAUCCCUAAUCCUGCCUGUCACCUCCCUACAAUCCCAGCCCAGACCUGACGGGGAGGUGAUGCCCACGCUGGAUAUGGCCUUGUUCGACUGGACCGAUUAUGAGGACUUAAAACCUGAAGUCUGGCCCUCUGCAAAGAAGAAAGAGAAACACCGGGGUAAACUCUCCAGUGAUGGUAAUGAAACAUCCCCAGCUGAAGGGGAGCCGUGUGACCAUCACCAAGACUGCAUGCCAGGGACCUGCUGCGACCUGCGGGAGCAUCUGUGCACGCCCCACAAUCGUGGCCUCAACAACAAGUGCUUCGAUGACUGCAUGUGUGUGGAAG